GUCCAACUCUGCCAAGUACUCAGGAUACAUGUGUAAAGAUGCACUAGACUUCGUUGUUAAUUGUAAUUGUGAAAACCCUAUUUCAUUUACCAAUUAUUAUCCUAAGUUUAUUCGCCGUUUUCAGUGGGAAGAUAGAGCUGGCAAAAUGGAAUUGGAUGGAAAAAUAAAGGUACCCCAUCGCUUGAAACCCAGAGUGUUGUUAUGGGCUGACGUAAGCUACAAUGAUAUGGACGAAAUUGACAACAUUAAGGCCAUACCAGAACUUGAGAGAACUUUAUGCCGUGUUCUGGCUGUGGACUUCUCUGAGCCAAGGAAAGGGGUUCUGCUGGAGCUGUAUGUGCACACAGUGCUGUUCUGCAGGGAGAACAAGUUCAACAAGGAACAAACAUCUGCUCUGAUCUCCAUCGUCAAGAACAUGCAUCAGGCUAACACAGAAACACCGCUCAACAACGUGGACCACUGUUUUGCAUACUGCAGUGAACUUCUGCUAUGUCACUCGGUCAGGCGACCUCCAUUCAGUAUUAACCUCUUCAGCUGUGAUCAAGUCACCCACAUCUUGAAGUACCUCCUCAACUCCUAUAUAAAACACUUUAAUCUCUACAAAUAUAUAUUCACCCCUCAGGUGCGCCUGGACCUGACCUUGUGUUACUCUGGGAUGCCGGAUGUAGAAGACCCCCCCACCCCUGUGUUAUUAGAUACGCCAGAUGCAAAACCUGUGACAGAACAGAAGCCAGAGACUGAACAAGAGGAGCAGCUGGGCAUCGAAGAGCAAGUCGCUCUGGGAACAUCACCAGAGGAGGCUGGGGCAGAGGGUCCAUCCCAUAGGUCAGAGCUCAUGGCCCUCAUCCAGCAGGAGGUCAAGCAGGAGAUGGUGAGAGUGUCUGCCCAACUGGAGCAACAGCUGAGGGCCAGUGAAGAUAAGAUGACCAGCACCCUGGCUUCGCUGGAGACCAGCCUGCAGGGCAAAAAGUAAUAACAGCCAGGCCUCGAAUUGCUUCCACUUCACACUGCAUUUGACAAACCAAGAUAUGAAUAAUUUGUGGCUGCUGUCAGUGAGGAAGUGGAUUGGGUAAUCAUGCCAACCACCGUGACAGAAAAACACAACACAACAAGGUUCACAUGCUAUGUAUAAGCAAUGUUACUUUAAUUAUCAUUAUAAACUCUUUUUGUGUAAUAUCAGACGCAUUACAUCAUGUUUGUACAAUUAUUGUUCAAGACUUAGUGGUAAAAGAAAUGUUUGCUCUGAAAAAGGAACAUUUAGUAGAGAACUUCGAACUACAGGAAUGGAAAGGUAUAAUAUUGGUAGUAUUAACUGGUGUUACAUGCCACAUCAACAUGUUACAAUGUAUCGUGGGCUAAUUGUAUGUUCUGAAAGAGAAUAUAUAACUAAGUAUGUGAAAACGGAAAUAUGCAUCCCUUUAAUACAAAUAUUGUAUACAUGUACACAUACAUAUAGAAAGUAUUCUCGAUUGAGGUCAUUAUAAAGGGUUU